AUGAGGGGAGUGGCUACAGAAUUAUGUCAGUGGUGUAAUGGAAGAGGCAAAACACAACUCGAUCAUACUUGCAAUACAUGUCAAGGAAAUGGAAGAAAAAGAUGUGAGAUAUGUAGUGGUAAUGGAGUAAUCAAAUGCAAUACUUGUAAAGGCAGAGGAAAAUUAAAACAUUUUAUAAAACUCACUGUUACUUGGAGAAAUCAUACUGAUGAUUUUGUUGUUGAAAACACAAAUUUACCAGAUGACUUAAUCUGUGAUGUAACUGGUGAAAUUGUAUUUAGUGAUCAGAAUUUCAGAGUAUCGCCUGUUACUUGUUUUCAACCUAAUAUUAAUAAGGCAUCCAAACAGCUAAUACAAAAACAUAGUCAAGUAUUUCCAACAGAACUUAUUCUGCAACAAAGACAGAAAGUAAGAAUUAUUCCAGUAACUGAAGCAACAUACAGUUGGAAGAAUAAAAUUGGAGGAUUUUUUGUAUAUGGAUUUGAGAAGAAAGUCCAUUUCCCACAUUAUCCACAAGCUUGCUGCUGUGGUUGUACUAUUUUAUAAAUGUUGUAUUUCAUUUAAUAUAAUAACAAACUAAAUUUAAUUAGUACAGUGGAACCUCUGUUAACGAACGCCCUGGUUAUCAAACUUUUAUUUUAUUCUGAUAACGGAUGAAAUUCGGAUAACAAAUGUAACGGUUUUUUGUAUCAAAUUUUAGUUGCUGUUAGGCAUGAGUGAGUUAAGCAUUGCUUUUCUGAGUGUUUGUGAUAA